UCUCCCAGUAACGAGUGCUGGCUUAAUCACGUUUUAGUUGUGUUUUUUCAUUGCGCGCGGCUCCUGAUCGCGAUCGAAAUGAGAGCAUAUCUUGUGUUGACCAUAUGCAGCGUUACUGGCGCCCUCGCUAGCGUCAUCCCACCCCCCGCAUUCGUCGGACCAAGGACGACCGCACUCGAGGUCAAGAUCGGACAGCAGUCGACUGACGUGCCAGUGUUGGACCUGAAUCAGUUUUGCGAGCUCCUGGAGUCGGACGAGCAGCGGACGCAAUGCCUCGACUACGUCAGUAAGCACGUGAUCGUCGGACCUCAGACUCCUGAGGGCCUUAAAACUGACGACAAGAAGGAGAAAAAUCAAAAGGAGAAUCCAUGGAAGCUUCGUGGCGAAUUCGAUAGAAUCCCGCUCGAUCUGCAGGUUUUUGUCCCGUCGGAAAACAGCUGGUACCUUCAAGACUCACACAAUCACAAGUUCCUUGGAAAACCCCUUAUCAGGGAUGAUAAGAAGCCAGUGAGUAGUACAGAUGGAUCCGAUGGAAAGCGCGAGACCCUGGUCCGACUUUGACAUCCCUUCUGGAAGAUCAAGAUCAUCCUUGAGUGAAGUAACACCGUCCAGCUGCUGAACAAAACUCUCCAUUUUUCGGAAUACUUCAUACGUAAACUUAAUGGGUAUGCCAAAGUUUCGUCUGGAGUGUGUCGAUUUUUAUUCUUGUGAUCAAUGCCCUCUCAGUCCAGCGAAUAUAUUUCAACUGAAAAGUUCACCCGGUAUCGUCCUAAUGCACUUGUUCGUAUACUUGCACAUAAUCCUGACAUGGCCAUGAAAUACAUAAAUGAAAAUGCAAAAGUUUCUAGCUUAAGCUACAUCUUGAAUUGAGUCUACGAGUUUCGUUUGCACGUAUUUCCGCCAAACGGAACCAUGUGCAUUAUGAAGUGAGCCCUGUUAUGCAUAUAUCCUUAUGGUUCUCAGAGCUCAUGUCUCAAUGUACAUGGUUCCGUUUGGUAGAGAUACGUUCAUUCAAACUGUAAAAAGGUCUCUUGGUUUCAAAAAACAAUCCUGGAUUGGGUCCUUUUGAAAAUUCAUCAAUAAAACGAUCAACUACUCUCCUUGAAACUUGUGCUUAAAGAGACAUUUUGAGUAUCCUUAGUUUAUAAACUUUUCAACAUUCAAAAUUAUUGAAUCCUUGACUAUAGGCAACAUAAUUGAAAAUCUGUCCACACAACUAACUGCGAGGCUAAAAUUUCAGUAAAAUUCGUCAUGUUCUCCAUCGUUGGAUUCUGUUAGUCUAAAAAUGUCAAAGAAUGAUGUCAUAAUGAAUAAUAAAUGAGCACAUAAAAAACUCUGAGGCAAAAUACUCAAAUUGUUUGUGUUAUGUUAAAUAAAUUGUUGUUUUAAUUCAAA